GGGGACGGUGGGCUCCACCUUGCCGUGUGUUAGGUUUACACUAAGUGAGAACAUAUUCCGAGCCUCCACUGCCAAUACACCAAAUUCUUGGUUCCGCCGAGUCGUAGAUGCAAAUAGCUGCCUGGACACAAUGAACAGCAUCAGGAUGAGGCUCCUUGCCAGCCUCUCGCCCAUGGUCCGCAUGCGCCCUGCUUGGGCCCUGAAUCCAAGUGCCGCGAUGGUGACUACCAGUAGACGGCUGGUCCGACAUCAAGCAUUUGACGCUGGGUUUGACCCAGAAGAGCUAGCCGAAGCACGCAGGUGGCACAAGUCAUUCCACCCAAGCACUCUUCCACAAGGCGACACCUCCUUUUCACGCUCCAGCGGGCCCGGAGGCCAGCAUGUAAACAAGACAGAGACAAAAGCAACAACUACAUGGCCCAUCUCGAAACUCAUCGCUCAUCUUCCCAAGAUCUUACAUGCCGAACUUCGACACUCAAAAUACUAUACCAGGGGCAAUGACUCUAUAACUAUACAGGCACAGACCGAGCGCAGCAGAAGUGCCAAUCAAGCAGAGAACCACCAGAAGCUAUAUGACGAACUCAUGAAUCUGUACGCGAAGACGGUCCCCGCAGAGUCGAGUCCCGACAAAGCACGUAAAUAUGAGGCACUAAAGAAAACUGCAAGAGAGACUCGACUGAAGGAGAAAAAAUUCCUCAGCUCCAAGAAACAGUCCAGGAAGGGCGGAGGGUCUGACUACUAAACUAAGUGUUAGGACAAUUGUGCAGUGGUGCAUCGCAUGAUCCAAAUGGACAGAAACCAAAUAUCUAAAAACACACCAAACCAUCUGGCUGGAUGAUAGAAUCUGAUAUCUUUUUGUACCCAAAGAACCAGUGACCUCGAGGUGAGGUUGAGGAUGAGACGCCUCUUCUGUCGGUUAUCAUUUCUGUUAUCACC